GCUCGCGAGGCGCACGGGCCACUCGGGCUCACCUGGGCGGGAAAGGCGAAUUCCGCACACCAAGAAUUCGCCCUCAUUUUCCAGAUGAAGCACGCAACUUCCAGAGUCGAGAGUCUCGUCACGCAAAUUCGCCGGAGCGAAGACUGCGGACAACACUAUGCGGCCCGCUGCGCUUCUCCCGCUGCCGGUCGGAUUUUCUGACGUAGAUGACUUCGUGGAGUCCCUCCUGGAAUUCACUACUUCCUCAUGGCUGCUGCAGACGCUAUGUGGAGGCGUCCACAUCCUGGAUUUCUACACGAGAUCGCCAGACAUCUACUCCUCUAUCCUUCCCCAGCCAUGGAGGACAUGGUUCAAAAGCCGGGACAUAAUGGAUAUCCUGGACCUGCUAAUGAGAGAGGACCUGACACAAUUCGAUGAGAAAAGAGACGGGGAACUUACGUGGCGUGGCGGAUCUCCUCCGCCGAGAGAUCUACUGAAGUAUAUCCGAGAUGUGCGAAAGCACCUGCUCGGACGCGAGUUCCCUCCGCCAAACUCAGGGUUGAAGGUUCAAAAGCCCAACAUAAGCCGUGACAUCGCAGUUGGCAUGAAAGUCAAGAAGGUGCACGAAGUGGACAACUUUGCUCGCUUCGUCGACAGACUGACUUCCGACAUUACAGCGUCAGGAAAGAGCGAGAUCACACAUCUUGUGGACUUCGGCUCAGGCCAGAACUACCUUGGUCGUGCACUUGCUGCACGCCCAUACUCCAAGCAUAUUGUUGCUGUUGAGAGCAAGCAGCAUAACAUUGAAGGCGCUAAGAACAUGGAUAUCAAAGCCAAGUUAGUAGCGAAGCCAUUGGUCAUGAGAAAUAAGAAAGAAUACCGAGCCGGCCUGAGAAAGGGGCAGAACGGGAAGAGCAGCGGGUCCAACGGCAUUGAUUCUUCGUCGAUAUCGGAGAACACCGCUCGCGAGGAUAUCAACGGUGCGAGCAAUGCUCCGGUUGAACAAAUGGCAGAGUCCGCAUCGGGAACUUCCACGCAUGACCGGCCUCUGAAUAACGGAGCAAGCUGUGAGGACAAUGGUUGCGCAAUAAUACCGCAGCCUUCACAAAACGGCGACACAUUGGUGGAGAGCAAGACUGUCACAACCACCCUACAGAUCUACACAGAAGGCCAUGGCAGCGUGCAGUACGUCGAGCACAUCAUCAAGGAUGGCAAUCUUGGGCCAGUGAUCGACCAAGUGCUCGACAGUUCACGAGUCCAGGAGGAUAAUGUCACGUCCACGUCCGGCGUGGUUGAAGAGCCGUCCAACCUGGAAGCCGUCCCAAAGCCUACCAAUGUAAACGCCAUGGUCAUCUCGCUCCAUUCUUGUGGCAACCUAGUCCAUCACGGGCUCCGCUCGAUGCUCUUAAAUCCGUCGAUAUCCGCCGUAGCAAUGGUAGGAUGCUGUUACAACCUCGUAACCGAACGCUUAGGGCCCCCAACCUAUAAACUCCCAACACUGCGACCGAAUCAUCCUCGCCUCGCGUCGACGUCCAACGCGUUUGACCCGCAUGGAUUUCCAAUGUCUGAAAAGUUAGCAAACUAUCCGUUACCGCACGCUCCGCUUUCGCCAGCGAACAGCACUCCUGCCUCGGAUAGCCCACCAAAAGGUGUCCGCCUCAAUAUCACCGCACGCAUGAUGGCCGUCCAGGCGCCCUUCAAUUGGGGCCGCGAAGACAGUGAGCUCUUCUUUACCCGACACUUUUACCGCGCGCUUCUUCAGCGCAUAUUUCUGGAUCGGGGUGUAGUUUCCGCACCUGUCGAUGUCGAUGGCCUGGUAGGCGGCGGCGUCUCAGCAAAUGGCCAUACCAGCAAAGUGAACUGGACCCCGCCGAAUGGACGCGGACCAGGUCUCAGCUCUGAUGGUACAUCCACGCCGCUGACCAUCGGCACGCUCCGGAAGUUUGCCUACAGUGACUUCCGAUCCUACGUUAGGGCCGCUAUUGCGAAACUCACGACGUCGAAUACUUUCUGUGAGGUCGACCCAGAAUUCAUUGCGGAGAAGAUGGGUGGUUUGUCUGACGAAGAGAUCGAGGAUUACGAGGAGAAGUAUGCCGAGAGAAAGAAAGAGCUAAGUGUUACAUGGAGCCUAAUGGCCUUCAGCGCCGGCGUGGUCGAAGCAGUCAUUGUGACUGAUCGGUGGCUGUGGUUGAGGGAGCAAGACGAGGUGGAGACUGCAUGGGUCGAGCCAGUCUUUGAUUAUGCGAUGAGCCCAAGGAAUCUUGUCGUAGUGGGCGUCAAGAAGUGAGGCAUUGAAGUGCUCGUUAGCCCUCAUCGCUGCAGGAAAGUCCCAAGAGUAGUAAUCGUCCUUGGGUCACUAGCAGUACUCUUGAACGGUAAAUGCUUGCGCCACGUCGGGAACCGCCAUCCGAGUACGUGGGAUCACAAACCGGAGAGCCUAUCGCGGCUAGUUGAUUAAAUAAGAAUCUGGAUAGAUGUACUCAGUGGGAAUGAAUGCUCUGGUGGAUCCGGCUUGGCUGUACACGUGGUGACUAUUGUCGCGCCGGCAGGCCAAGAUGUACGCAGCGCCUGCUUAGCCUCAAACCCAUAUACAGUGUUCGGAUGCGCGGUCAAGUCCGCCCCUGCUAAGGUGCUGA